CUGGUCACAUCGCCUUUGGAAACGUACACGAACUGGUCAUUUUACUGUAGAAUGUAUCAAUAAUAUUCAAUCUUAUUUCUUUAAUAAAAUACUUGAGAUGCAUCUCUUGAACAAUGCCUGCUUACACUUUGAUUUGAAGACAGAUCUCCGGUAUCCCAGCUAGAAAGCGAGCGAGCGCCCAACGUUUUAUGUACCAUGUGAGGUACCGGAGUGCGUCGAGUACACCUAAACAAUGUGUUUCAAACCGGCCACCCCAGACAGCAAGCGACUCGAGCUGUCCAAAUGCAGUUGUUUGCCGUUGGAAUUAUGCGAUACACAACAACAAGGAAUUCUUCGAAUAAUGGUUAACAACGUUUUGUACAGCAAAUAAACUGCUUAAAAACUUCAAUGGAUUAGCUACUGGAAUGCAAGAAAUCUGGUAACCAGGUCACCAUUAAUCGUCUGAAUUACUAGCAUUGUGUGUAGCAGACGGCCACCAUGCCUCCCAGGCCGUCCUCGGGGGAGCUCUGGGGCAUGCACUUGAUGCCCCCGAGCAUCCAGGUGGACUGUCUUCUACCCAACGGCAUGCUCCUGACACUGGAGUGCCUGCGCGAAGCCACCCUCAUCACGGUUAAACACGAACUGUUCAAAGAGGCCCGGAAGUACCCGCUGCACCACCUCCUGCAGGAGGAGACCUCCUACAUCUUCAUCAGCGUCACCCAGGAGGCCGAGCGAGAGGAGUUCUACGACGAGACGAGGAGACUGUGCGACCUCAGACUGUUUCAGCCCUUCCUCAAAGUCAUCGAGCCGGUGGGCAACCGAGAGGAGAAAAUUCUCAAUCGGGAGAUUGGUUUUGCCAUUGGAAUGCCUAUAUGUGAGUUUGAUCUGGUCAAGGACUCGGAGGUGCAGGAUUUCAGGAGGAACAUACUGAACGUCUGCAAGGAGUCUGUAGACCUCCGAGACACUAAUGGCUCCCACACGAGAGCCCUGUAUGUUUACCCUCCCAAUGUAGAAUCGGGAGCAGAGCUGCCCAAGCACAUCUUCAACAAGCUCGACAAAGGCCAGAUAAUAGUAGUGAUCUGGGUCAUCGUGACGCCGAGCAACGACAAGCAGAAGUACACCCUGAAGAUCAACCACGACUGCGUCCCCGAGCAGGUGAUAGCCGAGGCCAUCCGGAAGAAGACCCGCAGCAUGCUGCUGUCCCACGAGCAGCUGAAGAUGUGCGUCCAGGAGUACCAGGGCAAGUACAUCCUCAAGGUGUGCGGUUGCGACGAGUACCUCCUGGAGAAGUACCCCCUCAGCCAGUACAAGUAUGUGAGGAGUUGUAUCAUGCUGGGCAGGCUGCCUAACCUCAUGUUGAUGGCCAAGGACAGCCUGUACUCCCAGCUGCCCAUAGACACCUUCACCAUGCCGUCGUACGCUCGACGCAUCUCCACCGCGACGCCGUACAUGAACGGGGAAACGGCCACUAAGUCUCUGUGGACCAUCAACGGCACGCUGCGGAUACGGAUCCUGUGCGCCACCUACGUCAACGUAAACAUCAGGGACAUCGACAAGAUCUAUGUCCGGACGGGGAUAUACCACGGCGGAGAGCAGCUGUGUGACAACGUGAACACCCAGCGGGUGCCCUGCUCAAAUCCCAGGUGGAACGAGUGGCUGAACUACGACAUGUACAUUCCAGACAUCCCUCGUGCGGCUCGUCUCUGUCUGUCUAUCUGCUCUGUGAAGGGAAGGAAGGGGGCCAAAGAGGAGCACUGUCCUCUAGCCUGGGGGAACAUCAACCUGUUUGACUACACCCACACUCUGGUGGCUGGGAAGAUGGCCUUGAACCUGUGGCCCGUGCCCCACGGCCUGGAAGACCUGCUCAACCCCAUAGGAGUCACAGGCUCCAACCCCAACAAGGAAACCCCUUGUUUGGAGCUGGAAUUUGACCACUUCAGCAAUCCAGUCAAGUUCCCAGACAUGACCACCAUAGAAGAGCACGCAAACAGGAACAUAUCCAGAGAACUCGGCUUCAACUAUUCCCAUAACGGGCUGAGUAACCGAUUGGCUCGGGACAACCCCCUGACAGACAGUGACAACGAGCAGCUGCGUCUGGUGUGCAACAGAGACCCCCUGUCUGAGAUCACAGAGCAGGAGAAGGACUUCCUGUGGAGGCACAGACAUUACUGUGUCAACAUCCCCGAAAUACUUCCCAAGAUUCUCCUGGCGGUGAAGUGGAACUCCAGAGAUGAAGUUGCACAGAUGUAUUGUCUUCUGAAAGAUUGGCCAGCUAUUAAGCCAGAGCAAGCCAUGGAGUUGCUAGAUUGCAACUUCCCAGACCCAAUGAUUCGAGAUUUCGCUGUGACGUGCCUUGAGAAAUACUUAACAGACGACCGCCUCUCUCAAUACCUCAUCCAGCUGGUCCAGGUUCUAAAGUAUGAGCAGUAUCUUGAUAAUCCUCUGGCCCGCUUCCUGCUGAAAAAGGCUUUGACCAAUCAGCGUAUAGGACAUUUCUUCUUCUGGCAUCUGAAGUCAGAGAUGCACAACAAGACGGUGAGUCAGCGCUUCGGCCUGCUGCUGGAGUCCUACUGCAGGGCCUGCGGCAUGUACCUGAAGCACCUGAGCCGGCAGGUGGAGGCCAUGGAGAAGCUCAUCAACCUCACAGACCUGCUGAAGCAGGAGAAGAAGGAUGAAGCUCAGAAGGUUCAGAUGAAGUUCCUGGUGGAGCAGAUGAGGAGACCAGACUACAUGGACGCACUGCAGAGCUUCACCUCGCCCCUGAACCCAGCCCACCAGCUCGGGAACCUCCGCCUGGAGGAGUGUAGGAUGAUGUCAUCGGCCAAGCGGCCCCUGUGGCUCAACUGGGAGAACCCGGACAUGAUGUCUGAGCUCCUCUUCCAGAGCAACGAGAUCAUCUUCAAGAAUGGCGACGAUCUGAGACAGGACAUGCUGACGCUGCAGAUCAUCAGGAUAAUGGAGAACAUCUGGCAGAACCAGGGGCUUGAUCUCAGGAUGCUGCCGUACGGCUGCCUGUCCAUCGGCGACUGCGUGGGCCUCAUCGAGGUGGUGAGGAACUCCCACACCAUCAUGCAGAUCCAGUGUAAAGGAGGCCUGAAGGGGGCGCUGCAGUUCAACAGCCACACUCUGCACCAGUGGCUCAAGGACAAGAACAAGGGAGAGAUGUACGACCAGGCCAUCGAUCUGUUCACGCGGUCGUGUGCCGGCUACUGUGUGGCCACCUUCAUCCUGGGGAUCGGAGACAGACACAACAGCAACAUCAUGGUCAAAGAGGACGGACAGCUGUUCCACAUCGACUUUGGUCAUUUCCUGGAUCACAAGAAGAAGAAGUUUGGGUACAAGAGAGAGCGGGUGCCCUUCGUGCUGACGCAGGAUUUUCUGAUCGUGAUCAGCAAAGGGACACAGGAGUGCACCAAGACCCGGGAGUUUGAGAGGUUCCAGGAGAUGUGCUACAAGGCCUACCUGGCCAUCCGUCAGCACGCCAACCUCUUCAUCAACCUGUUCUCCAUGAUGCUGGGCUCGGGCAUGCCCGAGCUGCAGAGCUUCGACGACAUCGCCUACAUCCGGAAGACCCUGGCCCUGGACAAGACGGAGCAGGAAGCCCUGGACUACUUCAUGAAGCAGAUGAACGACGCUCACCACGGGGGCUGGACCACCAAGAUGGACUGGAUCUUCCACACCAUCCGCCAGCACGCCAUGAACUGAGGCGGGAGGGGAGGAGGGUGUCUGGGGGUGGUGGGAGGGUUUAUGCCCAUCCCACACCUGGGCCCUGGGCACCUGCUCGCGAUGAACUGUGAGAGCAGGGUGGACCUUCGCUGGCUCUGGGGAGGAUUUUCCAUGCUGGAGUCAGACGGAGGUAAUGUCAUGGAUGGGCCCGGCCUCGCCCUUCUCCCCCCCCCCCCCCCCCGCUAUGAGCCAAGAGAACAUGUCGUCGUCUACAUGGUAAGGAGCUGAAAAGGCAGAGCAUCGCUCACUUUUUCGGAACCUCUACGAACGGGCCGAGAGCGUCGGGGGGGGGGGGGGUCACGGCGUGGCGACGAGCCGCCUUAGGAACGGAACUAUCGUGCAAUCCCUAGAAGCUCUCCACCAUCGUCCUCCUCUCCCUGUCCCGCGAGGUCGACCCCGGAGAGCAGAACAACCGUGACGCAAACACCCGCUUUGUACGCCACCUCUGACUGUGUCGAGCGUGACUCGGCGUCUUGAGAUUUUGUAUAGAGGUAUCCAUAGUCUCACAUGCAUACAGUGCACAUAUUAUUCCUUUUGAGAUCCUUAUUCUUUUUUCUACUGAGCCAAAGUACUAAAUACCCCCCCCCCCCCCCACUACAUCUCACUCAUCAGUCUUAUUGUAAGAGAGUCACUACGAUCCCAAGUCCCACGUUUGUCUCGCGUCGCACUGAUGUCUGCAGUAUUUGUGUUGUUUUCCCUUUGUUUGUCUUGUCCAUCAGUAUUACUUUUUUGGGCGUGUCGUAAGGUUAUGGCACUCACAAGCUGCCGUCCAUCUCCCUCGGUUGGAUUCAACAUGAAAUGACUCGUCAAGGAAGCCCGGGUGAACGCCACGUUGAAUGCGUCGGCUUUCUCAGUUAUUCGGUUUUGCGAUUUUUUUCUUCUUUUAGAAAGGGAAAAGGGUGUGAGAUUUUGCUGUUACACUAUGCAAUUGUGAUCUUUGUGUACUGUGCUUUUGAAACACAUUUUUCUUUCAGUGUAAAGAAGCCAUUUGAAGAUUCAGAGCAGACAUGUAGGUACAUGGCUUCAAAGGUGUUCAAAAUUUUGUACAGACAGUACAAGACAUGCACAGUUAUGCACUGUAACAGUAUAUCACCCAUUUCGUUUAAACAGGGUGACUCUGCAAGAACUGUGAAAAGUCAUAUUUUGACGUCACCUUUCAAACGGACAGGAAAGGCUGUGUGCAGCUUAAAGACUCAAUCUGAAGAACAUUUAGCCAGCCUGUGCGUUUAUAAAAACCAUUAUUUAGCAUUAUGAGUUUUUUGUGUGUGAAUUUGCUUCUGUUGAUUUUCCUAUAACUCCACUCAGCUCAUCAUGGUACAUACAGACCUCAGCCUAAUGUUAAACAUACAAUCCUAAAUUGUGAAAGAUCUAUCAACAACAACAACAACAAAAAAGUGUAACUGAAGUGAAUUUGUGUUUUUCUUUUGUUUACACUUCCGAGUGUCCUUCUGUUUGGUGUGACAUGGAUCCUGUAGUUUGUUUACUGCAUAGAGAAACAUAGGUGGUCUGUAACCAAAAUGAAACUGUAGGGCGGUGUCCUGGCCACAGAUGAAAUCAUGUGCAGUGUACCCAGGUGUUGUUUGGAUCGUUUGGUCCCAGGAAGAGCACUUGGCCCUAUAUGGCUCCAGGAAACACCCCCUUGCACUAUGCAUGUGUUUCUGUACAGGUUACAGACCUUUGGGGCGGAGCCCGUUCAAAAGAAGUCACCCCCCCCCCCCCCUCAACCCACCCGUUCCCAUUGGCUACACUAUGACAAGCCAUCUUCAUGUCUGUUUUUUCCUUUUUUACGUGUUUUUUUUGUUUUUGUUGUCUUUCUACAUAUGCAUGAGGUCCUUGGAAUAUCCUUAGUUUGGCCUAAUGUUGUUUACUUGAAUUUUAUGUCAAAUGACCUCGUUACUUGUACAACAAAAUGAUGAAGGCAACACAUCCUGAUAUUAUUACACAUGCUAAUGCUUUCCUUGAAUAACUCUAGAGGUAAUAUAUUUUUGUAUUCUAAAUAUAGACAAAUUUAAACUAUUAUCGCUAACCAAAAAAUAGUGCAAUUAUGCAUUACAAUACAUCCCUUUUACACCCAAGUAGACAGCUUCCAGUGGUUGAAGGGAUGUGGAUGAUUAAGUGAUGAGCGAAUGAAGGAGAAGAAAAUGAGGAAUGGUAGGAGAAGUGGGUGUUGUGUGAGGCCUGGAAGUAAGGCUCUUGCACUCUGUGGUUCAAGUCUGUAAGCACAAUGACGAGAAGCAACCCUGCAUGUCUUUUGAAAGCCUAAUUAAUGUUAUCUACUCAUUUGUAAAUAUCAUUGGCCUUUUAGAAUACCCUUGUUACUCAUAUUCAUACAUUUUACUAUGGCUGGGGAGAACCUGAACUCAUUCAUUCACUGUACUGCAAAAUAAAGAGGUUUCUCAGUCUUA